AUGUCCAAGGAUUUGCAGGCCCUCUUUCUAGAAGACAGGCCAUCCAUGGCAGGGGCCUUCUCUUUCUCUGGGGGCUAUUGGUGGCCCAGUCAGCCCCUCCAGCGGCGUCAGCUCCCGCCCACUCCCACACGGCCAAGUCUGGCCUCCGCGCUUUCACUACCACUGCUGCUUACUACCCUUAGCACCUACGCAUUCCCCCCGUGGCUCGGUGCAACCAACCAAAGUAAAUCAACCCUCCCCCUGGUCGCAUCGUGCUGCCUCGACGCUCGUCAGGCAUCUGGAGGUGGGUCGGUCCACGACCGUGACGCCACUGAUAGGUAA